CAUUUCACCUCCCGUUCUAUUAUUUCCCCACAGAAAAAAUUCGUAGUUGGCCAUGUGGAGAAUAAUUUAAAUAUUUGACAAACAUACACAGUAUUUAUUGUACUCUGUCAAAUACACAAAAGCAAUAAGUUGAGAUGAAUUGCAUAAGAAGAUGUCUGUUCCAGAUGGCAAAGUUGUCAAGAGGAAGACUGCAGAAUGUUAGAAAACAGACACUGCUCCACAAUAAAGGAGGGCAUACAAUGAUGUCAACUUCUUACUUCUAUGACAGUGAACAUGCUCCUUUAAUUGAGAAAGAUUAUACACUAGACUCAUCAGAGAAACCUCUUUUGGAGGGACUAUUUACUCCAGAGACUGCAGCUCAAUAUUUAAGUAACCUUACGGAAGAAGAAAAGAAAAAAUUGCAAGCUUAUAAACUGGAAUAUGAAGUUACCAGUAGUAUUUCAUCACAGGCACCAAUAGAAAUGAAGGAUGAAUGGUGGGCACAGUUGUUAAUGACAGGACAUUCUUCAUCAAAACGGAAAAACUUGUUGCGUUUCUUUCAAAAAAAGGAAAGUGCAUUGUUAUUAAGAGCAAAGAAGAAAGGAGAAAAUGAGAAAAAGAUGGAACUGCAUAAUGCAGAAAAAAAAAUUCUGAUGGGAGAUCUAUUGUAUAAUCCAGUGAAGAAAAAUACUAUUCAUAUAAAGAUUUUAAGACAAACUAUGGUUCACCAAACUGAUUCUAAACUAGCACAAUCUAUGUUAUUUGGUAGACCAUUCGUUGUUGAUAUGAGCUAUGAACCAUACAUGGGAAUUAAAGAGAAAAACAGUUGUGUAGAUCAAUUACUCAACGGUUAUGGUGCCAAUAGAUCUAGAAAUGAACCGAGUGAUCUCAUAUUUACCAACUGGAUUCAUGAUAGCUUCAUCUUUAAAAAGCUCAACUAUAUUCAAAAAGAGCGAUCUGCUUAUCCAACUUUAAUGAUGAAAUGUACAGAACAGAAUUAUGUGGACCUAUUCCCAAAGGAAAGACUGGUAUACUUGUCACCACACUCACCUUUUGAAUUAGUACAAGAUCACUCAGACAACAUCUAUAUAAUGGGAGGAUAUGUUGACUUAGGUGGUGGCAAGGAAGGACAAAAACCAGUAUCGUAUGCCAAAGCUAAGCAAGAAAAAAUUAGAAGUUGCAGACUUCCAUUAGAUAAAUAUUGUGUAUGGGGGACAGGAAUUAAGUCCUUGACCUUGAACCAGGUGAUGAAUAUUAUGUUUGAAUUUAUGGAUACAAAAGACUGGAGCAAAGCAUUCGAGCAUGUGCCACGCAGGAAGUUGCAGAGAGAUGUGGAUUUACAGGAACAUUUAUUCAAAAAGCAGAGGAAAAUGAAUCGUGUCAACAGACAACAAUUCUUAUGACACAAAAUGAUAGAUAUUGUCAAAGUAGAUGGAUGAUGAGACACAGAUCAACAGCUGCAUUAUAAGUGGUUUAUUGUAACCAUCAUUUGAACUCCUUAUAAAUAGAAUUAACAUACUUAUUUACUGUUUUCAAGUGAUUAGUGUUAUAAAAAUAAAACUAAUAAAAACAAAGCUGUAUUAAUUAAA